AAAUCUCGCUGUAAACCGCGUUUCUCAUCGUUUCUGGCUGUUCGUGUGUGUUUACUGAACGCCAUGUCCUACAACUACGUGGUGACCGCGCAGAAGCCCACGGCGGUGAACGCCUGCAUCACGGGCCACUUCACCUCCGCCGAGGACCUGAACCUGCUCAUCGCCAAGAACACGCGGCUGGAGAUCUACGCGGUGACGGCGGAGGGGCUGCGGCCGGUCAAAGAGGUCGGCAUGUACGGCAAGAUCGCGGUGAUGGAGCUGUUCAGGCCCAAGGGAGAGAGCAAAGACCUUCUGUUCAUUCUGACGGCCAAAUACAACGCCUGCAUCCUGGAGUACAAGCAGAGCGGAGACAGCAUCGACAUCAUCACCCGAGCCCACGGCAACGUGCAGGACCGCAUUGGCCGGCCGUCGGAGACCGGGAUCAUCGGCAUCGUGGACCCAGAGUGCCGCAUGAUCGGGCUGCGGCUGUACGACGGGCUGUUCAAGGUGAUCCCGCUGGACCGAGAGAACAGGGAGCUCAAGGCCUUCAACAUCCGGCUGGAGGAGCUGCAGGUCAUCGAUGUCCAGUUCCUGUACGGCUGCCAGGCCCCCACCGUCUGCUUCAUAUACCAGGACCCGCAGGGCCGACACGUGAAGACAUACGAGGUUUCCCUGCGGGAGAAGGAGUUCAAUAAAGGGCCCUGGAAGCAGGAGAACGUGGAGGCCGAGGCAUCGAUGGUCAUUCCAGUCCCGGAGCCGUUCGGCGGAGCCAUCAUCAUCGGGCAGGAGUCCAUCACCUACCACAAUGGAGAUAAAUACCUGGCCGUUGCUCCGCCCAUUAUCAAGCAAAGCACCAUCGUGUGCCACAACCGUGUGGACCCGAACGGCUCGCGGUACCUGCUGGGCGAUAUGGAGGGCCGGCUGUUCAUGCUGCUGCUGGAGAAGGAGGAGCUGAUGGACGGAGCCGUGGUGCUGAAGGACCUGCAUGUGGAGCUGCUGGGAGAGACGUCCAUCGCCGAGUGUUUGACCUAUCUGGAUAACGGGGUGGUGUUUGUGGGAUCCAGACUGGGAGACUCUCAGCUGGUGAAGCUGAACGUGGACAGUAAUGACCAGGGCUCGUAUGUGGGGGUGAUGGAGACCUUCACUAACCUGGGCCCAAUAGUGGACAUGUGUGUGGUGGACCUGGAGCGGCAAGGGCAAGGCCAGUUGGUGACGUGCUCCGGAGCGUUUAAGGAAGGCUCUCUCAGGAUCAUCCGGAACGGUAUUGGGAUCCACGAGCACGCCAGCAUCGACCUGCCGGGAAUCAAAGGUCUGUGGCCUCUUCGCUCAGAGUCCAGCAGAGACACUGAUGAUAUGCUGGUUUUGUCUUUCGUUGGUCAGACCAGGGUGCUGAUGCUGAGUGGAGAGGAGGUGGAGGAGACGGAGCUGCAGGGGUUUGUGGAUAACCAGCAGACCUUCUUCUGUGGGAAUGUGGCGCAUCAGCAGCUCAUACAGAUCACCUCGGUGUCGGUGCGGCUGGUCACUCAGGACAGUAAGGCUCUGGUCAGCGAGUGGAAGGAGCCGCAGGGCAGGAACAUCAGCGUGGCGUCCUGCAACAACACACAGGUGGUGCUGGCGGUGGGCAGAGUGCUGUACUACCUGCAGAUCCUGAGCGGAGAACUCAAGCAGAUCAGGUACACACACGAGAUCAUCCCUCGCUCCAUCCUCAUGACCACCUUCGAGGGCAGCCACUACCUGCUGUGUGCGCUGGGAGACGGAGCGCUCUUCUACUUCGGCCUGGAUAUUCAGACAGGUGUUCUGAGCGAGCGUAAGAAGGUGACUCUCGGCACUCAGCCCACCGUCCUGCGCACGUUCCGCUCGCUCUCCACCUCCAACGUGUUCGCCUGCUCCGACCGGCCCACCGUCAUCUACUCCAGCAACCACAAGCUGGUGUUCUCCAACGUCAACCUGAAGGAGGUCAACUACAUGUGCCCGCUCAACUCUGAGGGCUACCCGGACAGUCUGGCUCUGGCCAAUAACAGCACUCUCACCAUCGGCACCAUUGACGAGAUCCAGAAGCUCCACAUCCGGACUGUGCCGCUCUACGAGUCCCCCAAGCGGAUCUGUUAUCAGGAGGUGUCUCAGUGUUUUGGAGUUUUGUCCAGUAGAGUUGAAAUGCAGGACGCCAGUGGAACCACAGCAGCCGUACGGCCCAGCGCCAGCACACAGGCUCUGUCCAGCAGUGUGAGCUCCAGUAAGCUGUUCCCCAGCAGCACGUCGCCCCAUGAGACGUCAUUCGGGGAGGAGGUGGAGGUGCACAGCUUACUGGUGGUGGACCAGCACACGUUUGAGGUGCUGCACGCUCAUCAGUUCCUGCAGAACGAGUACGCCCUCAGCAUGGUGUCCUGCAAACUGGGUCGAGAUCCUGCUGUUUACUUCAUCGUCGGCACGGCGAUGGUUUACCCAGAGGAGGCGGAGCCAAAGCAGGGCCGCAUCAUCGUCUUCCACUAUACUGACGGUAAACUGCAGACGGUGGCGGAGAAGGAGGUGAAGGGUGCCGUUUACUCCAUGGUGGAGUUCAAUGGUAAACUGCUGGCCAGCAUCAACAGCACGGUGCGUCUGUACGAGUGGACCGCAGAGAAGGAGCUGCGCACCGAGUGCAACCACUACAACAACAUCAUGGCGCUGUACCUGAAGACCAAAGGAGACUUCAUCCUGGUGGGAGACCUGAUGCGCUCCGUGCUGCUGCUGGCCUAUAAGCCCAUGGAGGGCAGCUUCGAGGAGAUCGCUCGAGAUUUCAACCCCAACUGGAUGAGUGCAGUGGAGAUCCUGGACGACGACAACUUCCUCGGGGCGGAGAACGCCUUCAACCUGUUCGUCUGCCAGAAGGACAGCGCUGCCACCACAGACGAGGAGCGGCAGCACCUGCAGGAGGUGGGUCUGUUCCACCUGGGCGAGUUCGUCAAUGUUUUCUCUCACGGGUCGCUGGUGCUGCAGAACCUGGGCGAGAGCUCCACACCCACACAGGGCUCAGUGCUGUUCGGCACCGUCAACGGCAUGAUCGGUCUGGUGACGUCUCUGUCAGAGGGCUGGUACAGUUUACUGCUGGAUCUGCAGAACCGCCUUAACAAGGUCAUCAAGAGCGUCGGCAAGAUCGAGCACAGCUUCUGGAGGUCGUUCCACACGGAGCGUAAGACGGAGCAGGCCACAGGCUUCAUUGACGGGGAUCUGAUCGAGAGCUUCCUGGAUUUGGGUCGAGCGAAGAUGCAGGAGGUGGUCAGCACACUGCAGAUUGAUGACGGCAGUGGGAUGAAGCGUGAGGCAACGGUGGAUGAGGUGAUCAAGAUCGUGGAGGAGCUGACGAGGAUCCACUGAGAGCAGCUGUAUAUAUGAACUGUUCAUUUGUGUGUGUGUGUGUGAGAGAGAGAGAGAGAGAGAGAGCAUGAAGAUGAUGAUGGACACACUCGCCCCGCUGUAGUGUUAGUGGAGUCGUCCUCAUUGUGAUGUUUCUGUUAGUUUAUUUUAAUAAAGUUUCCUUCAGUACUUCA